AUGGCAAUUCCCACCAAGAGUUCACAGGUAUUCACAAUCAGGAGAUUUCCUAUACGGAGUGUAGUGACAGAGAAUUAUCAACACAUCUUAGCUUUGGCCUUUGCUGUAAAGGAAAUCAAUGACAACCCUAGAAUGCUACCCAACAUUACAUUGGGGUUCAAUAUUUUUGACAACUAUUUGACUUCCAAGUGGACCUAUCAUGCUGCAUUACAAUUUCUCUCUUCAAAAAAUGAUCUUGUACCCAACUACAAGUGUGGCAUCCAAGGUACUCUAUUGGCAGUUACUGAGGAUCUGACCUCUGAACGUUCCUAUCUGAAACCCAAUGUUUUGGGUAUCUACAAAAUUCCACAGUUCAUUUAUGGCUCUGGAAUGGUGGUAACAGAAAAGAACAAUCUGCUUUACUAUUAUCAGAUGAUUCCAAAUGUACUUUUUCAGUACAGAGGAAUUAUGAAAUUACUCCAGCAUUUCAACUGGAAUUGGAUUGCAUUCUUUAUUGCCAAUGGGAUGCAUUUAGAGGGUGUCACAAAUGUCAUCAUUCCAGAAUUUUCAAAAAAUGGUAUCUGUACUGCAGAGGUAUUUACAUUUAUCUUAUGUUCUGAUGUAAACUUCAGAAAAUGUGCAGCAAAAUUUUAUUAUCAAGUCAUGAACAGCAAAGCCAAUGUACUGGUUUUCAGUGGAGACAUGGCAUCCACAAUCUUCUUAAGAUGGUUGUUAUCUUCUGUAGUUCAACGCAUGAUCAAGAUCUCAUCAGGAAAACCUAAAGGCCAUGUUUGGGUUCUGACUGCUGGGAUGGAGUUAAAGAGCCUCACUGGACAUACUGAUUGGCAUAUAUUAGAAUUCCAUGGUACUUUUUCCUUUACAGCUCAGUCCAAUGAAAUCCAAGGAUUCCAGCAAUUUAUCCAGGACAGAAAUCCUUUGAAUUCAAAAGGAGAUGGUUUCAUCAGAGAUUUCUGGGCUAAGGCCUUUGACUGUCCAUUCAAGGACUCUAGGUUUCAUCAUAAGAAUGGGGAUGCCUGCACAGGGAUGGAAAAGUUAGAGAACCUCCCUGAGCAUGUAUUUCCAAUGAGGAUCUCUAGUGAAAGCUAUAGCAUUUACAAUGCUGUUCAUGCUGUGGCUCAUGCCUUACAUGCCAUCUGUCUAUCAGUUUCUAGAUAUAAGUCAAUGGACAAAAGAGAGAAAAUGAAUCAGCAGCUCUGGCAGCUAUCUUAUUUCCUAAAAUCAUUAUCAUUUAACAACAGUGCUGGAGAUAAAAUUUCCUUUGACCAGAAGGGCUCUCUGGUUGCAGGAUUUGACAUCAUAAAUUGGGUCACAUUCCCAAACCAAUCUUUCACUGGAGUGAAAGUUGGAAGGUUGGAUCCUUGGGCACCCCCACACAAACAACUUAUCAUUAAGGAGGAGAAAAUAACAUGGCACCGAGGAUAUAACCAAACAAUACCUAUCGCUUUGUGUAAUGCCAAUUGUCAGCCUGGUUAUCACAAGGAAACAAAGGAAGGAGAACCGUUUUGUUGUUACAAUUGUGUGCCUUGCCCAAAUGAGUGGAUUGCUAACAAAACAGAUAUGGCUGACUGUUUCAAAUGCCCAGAAAAUCAAUAUGCAAACCAGGAACAAAACAUAUGCAUUCCAAAGAUUUUAAGCUGCUUGUAUUAUGAAGAACCAUUAGGUAUCAGCAUAGCAAGUUGCACAAUCUUCCUGUCUGCUAUCACAGUCCUGAUCUUGAAGACAUUUUGGAAGCAUCACAACACUCACAUUGUGAAAGCAAAUAAUCGAGACCUUUCUUACAUUCUUCUCAUCUCACUUCUGCUCUGUUUUCUUUGCUCAUUGCUGUUCCUUGGCAGACCACUAACAAUAACAUGUCUCCUCCGCCAAACUACCUUUGGGGUCAUUUUCACCAUGGCAAUUUCUUGUGUGUUGGCAAAAACCCUUAUUGUAGUUUUGGCUUUCAUGGCCACAAAGCCAGGAUCCAAGAUGAAGAAGUGGACAGGGAAACGACUGGCCAGCUUCAUUGUUGUUUCUUGCACUUUUCCUCAAGUAGGCAUCUGUGUUGUGUGGCUCACAACAUCUCCCCCCUUCCCAGAUAGUGAUAUGCUUUUGAUGAGUGAAGAAGUUGUCCUUCAGUGUAAUGAGUCAUCACCCAUCAUGUUCUAUCUUGUUUUGAGCUACCUGGGAUUACUAGCCAUUGCCAGCUUCACUGUAGCUUUCUUUGCCCGGAAGUUGCCAGACACUUUUAAUGAAGCCAAAUUCAUCACUUUCAGCAUGUUGGUUUUCUGCAGUGUGUGGUUGACCUUUGUUCCAACUUAUUUGAGCACCAAAGGAAAAUAUAUGGUCACUGUGGAGAUCUUCUCCAUCUUAACUUCCAGUGCCGGAUUGCUGGGUUGCAUCUUUGUUCCCAAAUGCUACAUUAUUCUGUUGAGACCUGAGCUGAACAAAAGAGAGCAUUUAGUCAGCAGGAAAACAUGA